AUGGAAAACGACGAAGUCUUUAGGAGGCUUGCGGAGACCCGAAGCUACUUUCGGGGAUCUGCAAAGCUCCCUUUACGAUGCCUACAAUUCGAAACGCAGGAAAUGGAAGGCGCCCGGACUCUGGACGCCAAAAAUAUCUCCCGGUUGUUAAGAAUCUAUGAAACUGAGGGCUGCCAUCGUCUUGAGCCGGAGCACCGUAUUGCCGCAUUAAUCAAUAAAGAUAUCCUCGCUCAUACGCUUAGAAGAGGAGAUGGAACGCGAGAGUUUCAGACCACGGAACUUAUGGAUCAAAGAGAAGACCCACUUCUGCUAGAAUUCGAGAACGGUGUCCAUAUCACGUGCUUGCAUGGGCAACAUAGAAUUGAAGCAGCUAAACAGUACCUAGAUAACAUUGAGAAAUGGUGGGUUAUAGACCUUUAUCUCGAUGAUCUCCCUAACACCAUCGCUCUGCAUCUACGGACAGAAUACUCUAACGCUCGUGCGUUCUGUGAUGGGGAUAUAUUUCGAUAUCUCCGGAAGUACUCAAAAAACGAAAAUAGAGCACAGGAGAGCAAGUGGCAAGCAAGACUGAAAGAUUCCGAAAGUAAAGAGAAGGAUAUUAAGAAGUUAGUGUCAAAGAUGCGUCCCUUAUGCGACGCAUUUGACGACCUUCUCCCGUUCAUUGGCUUGUGGGCAACACUUCGACUUGGCACUUUUCACCGCUAUUUAACGUUGAGAUGCGAACAGGAACUUAUUCACUACCUAUCGUAUAUCCGUACUACGUGGUCAUUCAUCCUCUUAGACGAUGCAAGGCUAUUUGCACUACUAGACCCUCGAACUGUUUCCUUUUUAGAGCUCCUUUCACCCCUUUAUUCAUCUGCAGAUUGGGCAGAGAUUGAAGAGUCAAUGGGUAGCCGGUACCUCUUUCCAGCGAUCGUAGACCAGGAAGUUAGAAACGACAUCCUUCCCAGAUUAAAGUCUCAAAGCCGAAUUCCGUCGUUGCACACCUUUUCCGAGGACACUAAAUACUUGGAGCCUUGCGCAAAGGUCAUGAAAGGGCUAUUACGACCAAAGUUUAAAGGAAGCAUUUUUCACGCCUUUAGAAAGGGUUUUAAUCCCUCCCCCCAAUCAUCCGUCCAGUGCGCCGAAAAAGUAUUUAAAAACACCUUGACCAACUUGCGACCUAGGGUUCAAUUCCAACUCAAAUAUCUCGAGGCUUGGCUUUUUUCUAUGCGCCAUUUCCCGAAACUGAUAGAGUAUAAUCCGCGCAAAGACCACGGUAAAAUAAAGCCUAAGACGAAACUUUGCGACAUACUGUGGGGUGAUCUUGGUCUCUUAGUAGAGACUGGGGGCUUUAACUUACCAGAGGCUUCACGACUAGCAAACGCAAACCAUCUGGAAAACAUGGUCAAAGAUUUCGUGGUUGGAGUCUGUCUAGGCGACAUCUACGAUGUUCAAGAGGCGGACGUAAGGGCCGUAGUUAGGAGUAUCUACGAUAGCAUUGUCAGCAUCGGCUCGACUCCGCGGAUUACAACAAGCCCCCCGCUCACCAUUAACGACAUUCAACAAUCAAAGUUACAGCGAUGCGGUCGUCCAUACGAGAAAUCCCAUCUAUUAGAUCGAGAGUUCCUAUUCAUCACAAACAUGGGCGACCUUAGGCCGGAAAGAGUUAGAGAGUAUAUUACCUCGUUCGGUAUCAAGAGAGAGAUAUUUCGAGCGUUCUUUGACAUUCCC